UAAAAAUCUCCCUGAUAUCGCUAAAGGCCGGUUUACAGUUCGGAAAAUGUGUCACGGGUUUUUUGCGCGGGAUUUUGCACGGGAAUCAGCUCGGGAAAAUUUCCCGUUUAACAUUCACCACACCUCUCCACAUCCAACAAAAUGAAAUUUGACAUUUGUUUAUUUACCAACAUCGGUGCGAGACUCCAACUUUACGCGGGUGAAAACUUUGAACUGAAAAAAGUGAAGAAAAUUUGUCUAGAAACAGUGAAAAGUGAAGAUUAAUUGAUUAAAGUGUUCAUAAUGAAUAGUUUUGGAGAAGAUGAGCUUUUGAUUGUGGCCGCUUCGAUAUUAAUCAUAGGAUUAAUACUGAAGAAAAAUCGGAGUGCCCACAAAAACAUCAGGAGUUGUUGGGUAAAUCCGUAUUUGCGGCAACGGAACACAAAAGGAAGAUUUGCGCAGGAUUUCAAUGAUAUGCGGGAAUGGAACAACGAGUUCACGCAAAACUUCCAUAUGGAGCAGGACCAAUUUGAAGAAUUGUUUCAACGCGUGAGACAUCGUCUGGAACCUAAAAGAUGCACUCGCCCAGAUGGAAUCAGUGCAAAGCAGCGAUUGGCCUAUACCUUGGAAUAUCUUGCUGGGGGACCCUUUUUCGAAAGAUACGCGGCAAGCAAUUACCGUACAAGCAAAUCAUCGAGUUGCAACGUAAUUAAAGAAACAUGUCAGAUUAUUUAUGAAGAACUGGCAAACACGGAAUUCAUGGCCUACACAGAAGACAACUGGAGAACCGUUGCGGAUGACUACACAAAAAAAUGGAACAUGCCAAAUUGUCUUGGAUCGCUGGACGGAAAACAUGUCCGAAUCAAAUGUCCGUCGAAUGUAGGAUCUUUAUAUUACAAUUACAAGCGGUAUCAUAGUAUCAUAUUAAUGGCAGCAAGUGAUGCAAACUAUGAAUUCACUUUUAUCGAUGUUGGAUCGCCCGGUGCAGAUGGCGAUGUUAAUGUUUUCUCAAGGACUGACUUCGGGAAACACAUACUAGAGGACGAUCCAUUUUUGAACCUACCACCAGAUGCUCCAGUCAAUGGUGUUGACAUGCCGCACUUCUUCAUAGCUGAUGAUGCUUUUCCUUUAACCCGGCGUACAAUAAAACCUUAUGGAAGCGGUGAACUUAACAACGAUCAACGGGUUUUCAAUUACAGACUUUCGCGUGCUCGGCGUACUGUAGAGAAUGCAUUUGGGAUUUUGUCGAUGCGCUGGGGAUGCCUUAGAUCAGAAUUUCUUUGUGCUCCUGACAAGGUGAAGCUCAUCGUUGCUGCUUGCUGUGCGCUUCAUAAUUUCUUACUGAACAGAAAUGCUUCAUACGCGAAAGUAGUGGACCGUUAUGACAGAGAUGGAAAGCUUAUUGAGGGAGAAUGGCGCACGUUUCAGCAGAUGGAUCAGAUCAAUGGACAAAAACGUGGACGCCCUCAUGAAACUGGAAGCUUUAUUCGACGUAAAUUGACUGAAUACUUCAACAAUAUCGACAUAUUACCGUUUCAGUUUGAACGCGCUAAUUGCCUUUAAAGAAUAGCUUUACAUAGAUGUAUAUUAUUAUACUUAAACGUUUCAGCAGAAAUCCCUAAAUGGUGCACAGUUAGUUAACAUUAAGUACAUAAUUCCGUUAUUGUUGAAUUAAUAGCUUUACAUACUAUAAAAACUGAACAUAUACUAAACUGAACUACGGCCAGAGAAAAUAAAGUUAAUUGGAAAGCUUUAACAAAUAAUUUAAGAUCGACAGCGUAUCCUAAGAGUAAAAAUCCGAUUACAAAUUU